GCGGGGCGCGGGGCGCGGGCGGGGGCCGGGGCAGGAGCGGCGAACCCCCUGCCUCCCACCGCGCCCUUCACCGACUCCCGGAACCUUGAGCGCGCGGAACCUCGCUGCUGGACCGCGGGCGCGGCGGACCCGGAGGGCGAUGGAGCGGGCGCGCGGGCCGCGGGCCGAGGCCGACGUGCCCGGGGAGGAGGAGGAGGAAGCGGGGGCGGCCAUGGCUGCCGUGGUGGCGGCGGCGAGUGGCGCGGGCCCGGCCGUCCUGCAGGUGGCCGGCCUCUACCGCGGCCUGUGCGCGGUGCGCAGCCGCGCCCUGGGCGUGGGGCUCGUGUCACCCGCGCAGCUGCGCGUGUUCCCGGUGCGCCGCGGCUCGGGCCGGCCCGCGGGGGGCACCGAAGGCAGCGGGGUCGGGAAAGAGAUUGAGGCCAACCCCUUCUACUACCGCUACCGCGACAAGAUCCAGCAGCUGCGCAGGUCUGACCCAACUGCUUUUGAGUCCCGACUGGAGAAGUGCAGUGAGUUUCGGAAGCAGCCAGUGGGGCACUCCAAGCAAGGUGACUUUAUCAAAUGUGUGGAACAGAAGACAGACACAUUGGGGAAACAGCAUAUGAGCAGAGGAUUCACCAAGGACAAGACUCUCAGUUCAAUCUUUAACAUUGAGAUGGUGAAAGACAAAACUGCAGAAGAAAUAAAACAGAUUUGGCAGCAGUAUUUUGCAGCAAAAGGUACAGUCUACGCAGUUAUUCCUAAAGAGAAGUUUGAUCUGAUCUGGAACCGAGCUCAGUCCUGUCCAACAUUUCUGUGUGCACUGCCAAGAAGGGAAGGUUAUGAGUUUUUUGUCGGGCAUUGGACAGGUACUGAACUCCACUUCACUGCACUUAUAAAUAUUCAGACCCGAGGGGAAGCUGCAGCCAGCCAGCUGAUUUUAUAUCACUACCCUGAACUUAAGGAAGAAAAGGGCAUAGUGCUGAUGACAGCAGAAAUGGAUUCCACAUUUCUGAAUGUUGCUGAGGCACAGUGCAUUGCCAACCAAGUUCAGCUCUUCUAUGCCACUGAUCGAAAAGAGACCUACGGGUUAGUGGAGACCUUUAACUUCAGACCAAAUGAGUUCAAAUAUAUGUCUGUCAUCGCUGAAUUGGAACAAAGCGGACUUGGAGCAGAACUGAAAUGUUCUUAGAACCAGGAUAAGAUUUAGAGCUGUAAGGUUGGUUUACAGAGUUUGCUCAGCCCUGGAUAGUCCUGAGCCUACCCACCCCCUGACCUCUCGGGAGCUCAACAUCUAUAAUGGGCAGUCUCUAAGGAGUUGCCCUGUAUGCUUAUUGCAAGAAGUAACAUGGAGGUGAGCCCUGUUACUUGAUAGUCAGGAACCAAGGUACCCAAGCAUUCUGAUCAUUAUCUCCCAGCAUACUGAGGUUUCCUUUUUAAGUGUUUGAGGUCAUAACCAGAGACAGCCAAGGAUCCACAAGAUGGUUGACUUGAUUUUACACACUGUAAUAGUAUAUUUGUUUUCUGGACAUUUCGACUGCACAGCUCCCAAAUGAUUAGCUCCUCAUCUUUAUAAACUGUGACAGGAUGAUAAGCUUGAAGACCUGCUGUAGUUAGAUGUGGGCUUUACAUACUCUUCCCACUUGGCUGGCCAAAGGCAUAACCCAGAUAUCCUGUUAGACUCUAGAACAACCAGAUAUUGCCAUCAGGAUUAAGACUCCGUCUAGAUGCCCCCAGAGAUGGCUACACUAAAGUGUAGCUACACUAAAGUGUAGCUGGUUUGAAGUAUCAGCAGAUUUCAGUUAUAGUUAAACGGGUGCAGUGCCUGCUGCCUGCAUAUUUUUAAACUAUGGUUUGUGGCGCCUGCUUCUCUAACUCUGCCUGUUGGAAGCUGUGUAUUUGGAGGGGCUGAAUCAAGUGCAGUAUAAAUAAAUCAACACUUUUGUAAAGAGAGGAUGAAUCCAGAUUGGCUUUUUUUUUUUUUAACAACUCUAAACCAUGCCAGUAUUAUAGAAAAGGUAGGCGGAAGCAAAUGUACCCAUAUUGGGUGUGGGGAAAAUGUAGCAAUAAAAUAAAGUCUGGCUUAUAA